UGUAAGAUGAAGUCUGGCUCCUGGACCUAUGACAAGGCCAAGAUCGACCUGGAGCUGAUGGAGCAGACGGUGGACCUGAAGGACUACUGGGAGAGUGGCGAGUGGGCCAUCAUCAAUGCCACGGGCACCUACAACAGCAAGAAGUAUGACUGCUGCUCGGAGAUCUACCCUGACGUCACCUAUGCCUUUGUCAUCCGCCGGCUGCCGCUCUUCUACACCAUCAACCUCAUCAUCCCCUGCCUGCUCACCUCCUGCCUCACCGUGCUGGUCUUCUACCUGCCCUCCGACUGCGGCGAGAAGGUCACGCUGUGCAUCUCCGUGCUGCUCUCGUUGACCAUCUUCCUGCUGCUCAUCACUGAGAUCAUCCCGUCCACCUCGCUGGUCAUCCCGCUCAUCCACGAGUAUCUGCUCUUCACCAUGAUCUUGGUCACCUUCUCCAUCGUCAUCACCGUCUUCGUGCUCAACGUGCACCACCGCUCCCCCAGCACCCACAGCAUGCCCCGCUGGGUGCGGGUGGCCCUGCUGGGACGUGUGCCCCGGUGGCUGCUGAUGAACCAGCCUCCUUUGGAGCCACACGACUCCCCAGGCCUGAAACUCGGCCCAUCUUGUUAUUGGUUGGAGACCAACAUGAACGCAGAGGAGAGAGAGGAGGCAGAGGAGGAGGAGGAGAAAGACAGAUGGGUGUGUGCAGGCCUCCCAGCCCCCUCCAUGGGUAUCAUCUAUGGCUGCAGACGCCUGCACCCACAGGCCUCAGGGCCCAGGGCGGAGGCUCCCCCUGGGGAGCCUCGCAUACAGAAAACCCUGGAAGGUGUAAACUAUAUUGCUGACCACCUGCGGUCUGAGGAUGCCGACUCUUCCUGA